GGCCCACUGACCUUGUUCACCUUGGGAAUUGGGCCGCACCUCUGACCUGAAGCCCUGGUGGUUUCUAACAUUUUUCCGGGCAUUUGUGCACCCUAAAAUAUAAAAACUGCUUUAGGGUUUCUGCAGCUCCAUCCGUCCCAAUUAUUUGUCUCCUGGAGCUACCUUUGGGAUUGCAUCUGGACCACCACACUCAAGUCUGUCCACGGCGCUGCUUGUUCUUAACGAACUGCAGAUCAUCUUUACUGAAACGUUAAAUACAGUUUGAAGUCACUCAAGACAAACUGGCAGAGCUGGAAAGAGCUUAGAGAGAUUCAAAACUACUAUCAAAGGCAUUUCUCUCCCCUGAACCUAAAAGCAAGGGUGUCACCCUGGAGAUAAGCAUUUUGAUAAUGUGUGGGCCAAGUCCCCAGACUUAGUAAAAGCACUUUUGUCCUUGCUCAAGAGGAGUAACAAUUGCCCCUCUGUAUGUUCUGUCACAAAAUGUAAUAAAGGCUGCACGCCUAAUUCUGAAGCAUGGAUCUUGAAGGCUCUGUACAAGAUCCUGAAGAUAAGGAAUAUUCUUCUGUCUGUGUCGGCAGAGAAGAUGACAUUAAGAAAUCUGAAAGAAUGACAGCUGUUGUCCAUGACAGAGAAGUGGUCAUUUUCUACCACAGAGGAGAAUAUCAUGCUAUGGAUAUUCGCUGUUAUCAUUCAGGAGGACCUUUACAUUUGGGAGAAAUAGAGGAUUUUGAUGGACGACCAUGUAUAGUUUGUCCCUGGCAUAAAUACAAAAUUACUUUGGCAACAGGAGAAGGAUUAUACCAGUCUAAAAACCCUAAAGAUCCAUCAGCAAAACCCGAGUGGUGCUCCAAAGGAAUAAAGCAAAGGAUUCAUAGAGUGACAGUGGAUAAUGGGAAUAUUUAUGUGACUCUUUCUAAGGAACCCUUUAAGUGUGACUCUGAUUUUUAUGCCACUGGAGACUUCAAAGUAAUUCAGAGUUCUUCUUGAUAAAAAUACAUGGCAAUGAAAAGUGUUGUGUAUGUGUGGAAAUAUUUUUAGAAUAACUUUGCUUCCAUGCCAAAGAUGAUUUUUUCAACAUAGGUAUA